AUGACUGUUGCCACAGGUGAUCCAGUCGAUGAAGCUGCUGCCCACCCAGGUCAGCCGCAGGACACAUACGACCCAGAAGCAGAUCAUGAGUGCUGUGAGAGAGUGGUCAUCAACAUUUCUGGUUUGCGGUUUGAGACACAGCUCAAAACACUCUCUCAGUUCCCUGAGACCUUGCUUGGGGACCCCAAGAAAAGAAUGCGCUACUUUGACCCUUUGAGGAAUGAGUACUUUUUUGAUCGGAAUCGCCCAAGCUUUGAUGCUAUACUCUACUACUAUCAGUCAGGAGGGAGAUUACGUCGCCCAGUCAAUGUAACCUUGGACAUCUUCUCUGAGGAAAUUCGAUUCUAUGAGCUUGGAGAAGAAGCCAUUGAGAUCUUCAGGGAGGAUGAAGGCUUUAUUAAGGAGGAGGAGAAGCCAUUGCCUGAGAAUGAGUUUCAAAGGCAGGUAUGGCUGCUGUUUGAGUAUCCUGAGAGCUCAGGACCAGCUAGAAUAAUUGCGAUCAUCUCGGUCAUGGUCAUCCUCAUAUCAAUUGUUAGUUUCUGCCUGGAGACCCUGCCAAUAUUCCGCAACGAAGAGGAAGAGAUGCACAAAGUCUACUCCAAUACCACUGCCAGCUAUGCCUCUACCUACUUCACCGAUCCCUUCUUUAUCCUGGAAACUCUCUGCAUCAUCUGGUUCUCCUUUGAGUUCCUGGUUCGAUUCUUCGCCUGUCCAAGCAAAGCAGGUUUCUUUGUGAACAUUAUGAACAUCAUUGACAUUGUGGCGAUCAUACCCUACUUUAUCACCCUGGGCACAGAGCUGGCAGAAAGACCAGAGGAUGGUCAGCAAGGGCAGCAGGCUAUGUCCCUAGCUAUCCUCAGGGUCAUUCGACUGGUUCGAGUCUUCCGUAUCUUCAAGCUGUCACGUCAUUCCAAAGGGUUGCAGAUUCUGGGUCAGACCCUUAAGGCCAGCAUGAGGGAACUGGGCUUGCUCAUUUUCUUUCUCUUCAUUGGAGUCAUACUUUUCUCAAGUGCUGUGUACUUUGCCGAAGCUGAUGAGGCAGACUCCCAAUUCAUCAGCAUCCCAGAUGCUUUUUGGUGGGCAGUAGUCUCUAUGACAACAGUUGGUUAUGGUGACAUGGUACCUACCACUAUUGGGGGGAAGAUCGUAGGGUCACUUUGUGCCAUUGCUGGUGUGCUGACAAUUGCCCUACCUGUGCCUGUCAUCGUCUCAAAUUUCAACUACUUCUAUCACCGAGAGACUGAGGGAGAAGAGCAGGCUCAAUAUCUGAAUGUCACCAGUGUCCCCAAAAUAGACUCCACGGAAGACCUUAAAAAGAGUCGCAGUGGGUCCACUAUGAGCAAGUCUGACUAUAUGGAGAUCCAAGAGGCCGUGAACAACAGCAAUGAGGACUUCCGUGAAGAGAUCCUCAAAACUGGCAACUGCACAAUUACGAACACAGACUAUGUUAACAUCAGCAAGAUGCUCACAGAUGUAUAA